AUGCCGACACCAACACUGACUCUCAUCUCCCUAGCAUCCCAGGCCACAGGGCCUCUCGAACACGAGAGUGGGCGGGGUGACAGACUCCUCCCACUUCUGAUGUACUGCCCCGGCUGCCACUGCUGCAGGAGACUUAGUGGGAGAGGCGGAGGGAGGAAGGGAGGAGGGGUUGGGGAGAAGGCCAGGCUGCUGGUGCUGCUGUUGAGUUUGUACGCUAGUAAAGAUGAGAAGAAGGAGGAAGAGAAGAAGAAGGAGAAGAAGAAUUAUUCAGAGUUGUUAUUCACUGCAUGGCUUCCAUAUCUCCCGGGAGCGGCAUUUCCUGAUCGCCCUGAUGACACAUCUAGCCCUGUCCUGAUCGGCCUGACGUCACAUCCAGUCUUGAUGGUCCUGACGUCACAUCCCGUCCUGAUGGUCCCGACGUCACAUCCCGUCCUGAUGGUCCCGACGUCACAUCCCGUCCUGAUGGUCCCGACGUCACAUCCCGUCCUGAUGGCCGUGACGUCACAUCGAGUCUUUGAUGGCCGACGUCCUCUAAGUCCUGAUGGCCCUGACGUCACAUCCCGUCCUGAUUGUCCUGACGUCACAUCUAGUCCUGAAGGCCCUGACGUCACAUCCCGUCCUGAUUGUCCUGACGUCACAUCUGCCUUUGAUUGCCCUGACGUCCACCAUCCCGUCCUGAAUUGGUCUGAGGGCCCUACCGUCACAUCCCGUCCUGAUUGUCCUGACGUCACAUCUAGUCCUGAUGUCCUGACUGACGUCACAUCCCGUCCUGAUUGUCCUGACGGCCAACAUUCCCGUCCUGAUUGUCCUGACGUCACAUCCGUCCUGAUUGCCCUGACUCACAUUUCCCGUCCGGACUAUGUCCUGACGUCACAAUCCCGUCCUGAUGGCCCUGACGUCACACACGUUCAUGAUUGUCCUGAAACGUCCACAUCUAGUCCUGAUUGUCCUGACGUCACAUCCCGUCCUGAUUGUCCUGACGUCACAUCCCGUCCUGAUGGCCCUGACGUCACAUCCCGUCCUGAUUGUCCUGACGUCACAUCCCGUCCUGAUUGUCCUGACGUCACAUCCCGUCCAGAUUGUCCUGACGUCACAUCUAGUCCUGAUUGUCCUGACGUCACAUCUAGUCCUGAUGGCCCUGACGUCACAUCCCGUCCUGAUUGUCCUGACGUCACAUCUAGUCCUGAUUGUCCUGACGUCACAUCUAGUCCUGAUUGUCCUGACGUCACAUCUAGUCCUGAUGGCCCUGACGUCACAUCCCGUCCUGAUUGUCCUGACGUCACAUCUAGUCCUGAUUGUCCUGACGUCACAUCCCGUCCUGAUUGUCCUGACGUCACAUCCCGUCCUGAUGGCCCUGACGUCACAUCCCGUCCUGAUUGUCCUGACGUCACAUCCCGUCCUGAUUGUCCUGACGUCACAUCCCGUCCUGAUGGUCCUGACGUCACAUCUAGUCCUGAUGGUCCUGACGUCACAUCUAGUCCUGAUGGUCCUGACGUCACAUCUAGUCCUGAUUGUCCUGACGUCACAUCUAGUCCUGAUUGCCCUGACGUCACAUCCCGUCCUGAUUGUCCUGACGUCACAUCUAGUCCUGAUGGUCCUGACGUCACAUCUAGUCCUGAUGGUCCUGACGUCACAUUUAGUCCUGAUUGUCCUGACGUCACAUCUAGUCCUGAUUACCCUGACGUCACAUCCCGUCCUGAUUGUCCUGACGUCACAUCCCGUCCUGAUUGUCCUGACGUCACAUCUAGUCCUGAUGGUCCUGACGUCACAUCUAGUCCUGAUGGUCCUGACGUCACAUCUAGUCCUGAUUGUCCUGACGUCACAUCUAGUCCUGAUGGUCCUGACGUCACAUCCCGUCCUGAUGGUCCUGACGUCACAUCCCGUCCUGAUGGUCCUGACGUCACAUCUAGUCCUGAUGGCCCUGACGUCACAUCCAGUUCUGAUGGCCCUGACGUCGCAUCUAUUCCUGAUGGCCCUGACGUUACAUAUACGUAG